CGGGAGGACGCGCGUCGCCUCGGGCACCUCCCCCGGCCGCGCGGCGGAGGAGGCCGCGGUGCGGGCAGGGGCCGGGGGAGCGAGCGCGGCGGGAAAUGGCGGCCGGGUCGAGCUGAGCCGAGCGGGGCCGCACGAGAGGCGCCAUGAGGCUGCUGCGCGCCCUGCUGCGCUGCGCCUCCCCGGGCAGCAUCCCGCAGCAGGUGGACUUCUACUCGCGCUUCUCCCCCUCGCCGCUCUCCAUGAAGCAGUUCCUGGACUUCGGAUCUGAAAAUGCUUGUGAAAAGACUUCAUUUAUGUUUCUGCGACAAGAGCUGCCUGUAAGAUUAGCAAACAUAAUGAAAGAAAUAAGCCUGCUUCCAGACAAUCUUCUCAGAACACCUUCAGUUCAGCUGGUGCAGAGCUGGUAUGUCCAAAGUCUUCAGGAGAUCCUUGACUUUAAAGACAAAAGUUCAGAAGAUUCAGGGGCUAUUCACAGUUUUACAGAUACUGUGAUAAAAAUACGCAAUCGACACAAUGAUGUAAUUCCUACUAUGGCUCAAGGAGUAAUAGAAUACAAGGAAAGCUUUGGCAUCGAUCCGGUGACCUCACAGAAUGUGCAGUAUUUUUUAGACCGUUUCUAUAUGAGUCGCAUUUCAAUUAGAAUGCUCCUUAAUCAACACUCUUUACUGUUUGGUGGGAAAAUUAAUCCAGCUCAUCCAAAACACAUUGGAAGCAUUGAUCCUAGCUGCAAUGUUGUUGGAGUUAUUAGAGACGGCUAUGAAAGCGCCAAGAGUCUUUGUGAUUUGUAUUAUAUGAGCUCUCCAGAACUCGUCCUUGAAGAGUUGAAUAUUAAAUCACCAGGACAGCCCAUGCAAGUGGUGUAUGUACCAUCCCACCUCUAUCACAUGGUUUUCGAACUUUUCAAGAAUGCAAUGAGAGCCACCAUGGAACAUAAUGCUGAUCGCUGCAUUUAUCCUCCGAUUCAUGUACACGUCACCUUGGGAAAUGAGGAUUUAACUGUUAAGAUGAGUGAUCGUGGUGGAGGAGUUCCUAUGAGGAAAAUUGACAGACUGUUCAACUAUAUGUAUUCAACAGCACCGCGUCCACGUGUUGAGACAUCCCGAGCUACCCCUUUGGCUGGAUUUGGUUAUGGCUUGCCCAUAUCACGUCUAUAUGCACAAUACUUUCAAGGAGACCUGAAACUCUAUUCCUUAGAAGGUUAUGGCACAGAUGCAGUUAUUUACAUAAAGGCCUUAUCAACAGAAUCAAUCGAAAGACUCCCUGUAUAUAAUAAAGCAGCCUGGAAACAUUAUAAAGCAAACCAUGAAGCAGAUGACUGGUGUGUGCCAAGCAGUGAGCCAAAGGACAUGACUACUUUUCGCAGUACAUAGCUUUUUGCUCUACAGUUCCUAAGAUGUAUGUUAUGUAAAGGGAAUUUGAAAGACCCUGGUUUAUGUCAAGAUGCUGAGCCACGUUUGAUCUGUGAAAAUCAUUUUAAGGGGAAUAACAAAGUUUAAAUCUAUUGCUUUCUUUCCUGGAAUUUAAGAAAAAAAUAAUAAGCUGUUCAUACUUUUUAAGAAGGUCAAUGCUUAAUUUGUUACACCUUCUAUUAAUGACUACUUUCUGUAGUUAAAUCACGGGAGCAGUACUUUCAAGUUUUAUAGAGACCAAUGUAACCUAUUUCAUAUCUACUGAGAAAUGUAUUAGGUGAUAUAAUUACAAAUUUUUUUAAAUGGGACUAUUGAAAAAGCUUGCCAGAGUAUUUUUCCAUUAUACAGUGUUGGAAGAUUAAUGAAACACUCAACUAAGAAAUAAUAAGGAGCUUAUUGCUGUACCUUUGCACCUGUGUGGCGCUUUCUAUUUCUUGACCUUAAGCAUGCUGAAGCCUAAUCUUGCAAAGUUAGAAAUAUUGCCUACACACUAUUCAUCUUUUUUUUCACAGCUUUAGAAACCACACGUAGGUCUCUAGGAAUAGUAAUUAAAAAAAAAAAUCAGUUCUAGCUGCUACCACUGGUAUAAUCUAUCUCAGGUAGGUGGUAUCAGUCAUAUUUCUUUGGUGGUAAUGUGAAUAUUUAAUGUGUGAUAAACUUACCUUUCCAUGAUCA